AUGGCCAAGCUUUCGUGGUCGGUAGGGUUUGUGUGUAUAAUUUUGACGGUGGUUUACCUGUUGCAGGGCACUUUUACCGUGCCGAGCCACCGGAUCGGCAGCCAUCAGCUGGUGCCGGUGAGUCCGCGAGAAAACGCAACGUUCUUCAGCCUGGUGCGGAACUCUGAGCUGUCGGACAUGCUGCGCAGCAUCAAGAACGUUGAACAGCGGUUCAACCGCCACCACCACUACCACUGGGUGUUUGCAAACAACGAGCCGUUCACAAAACAGUUCCGACACGCCGUCUCGAGCGCAUGUUCAGGCACGGUGGAAUUCGCCGUGAUCCCUGAAAAGUAUUGGAAAUACCCCGACUGGAUCGACCAGGCACGCGCGGCCGAGGUGCGCAAGGAAAUGCGUCGCAAACAUAUCAAGUACGGCGACAACGAGUCAUACCGCCACAUGUGCCGAUUUUUCUCUGGCUUCUUCUACAAAAUGGAGGCCCUACAGCGAUUCCGGUACUACUGGCGAGUGGAGCCGGAUAUCGAGUUUCGUUGCAACAUCGCCCAGGACCCGUUCCGCGUGCUGCGUGAGGAGAAUAAAGUGUACGGCUUUACACUCACGCCGUUGGAACUCCACACCACCGUGGAAACGCUCUGGAACGUUACCCAGGAGUACGCGUCAUCGUAUCCGGAAAGAAUAGCUCCCGACAAUAAUAUGGGCUUUUUGAGCGACGAUGGCGGGGCCUCGUACAACAUGUGCCACUUCUGGUCGAACUUCGAGGUUGGAGACCUCGACUUCUUCCGCAGCGACGCUUACGAACAUUUUUUCAACUAUAUUGACCGCAAGGGCGGCAUCUUUUAUGAACGGUGGGGGGACGCUCCCCUGCACACCGUGGCGGUGUCGCUGCUUGUGCCGUACACCAAGCUUCAUUAUUUUGCGGGAACGGGGUAUUUUCAUGCUCCCAACCUCCAAUGCGACGGCCCCAACUGGCUCUUGGAGCAGAACGAGUGCAUCUGUUUUGCGUCCGAGGACUCUGCAUGGUCUGGUGGCAGCUGUCUGACGAAAUUCUUCGAUAUUCACCGCCUCGAGCGGCCAGAAGCUGCCCCCACGACCCCAUACACCCCCAUCCACAAGCCUACCAAGGCCUAG